GAGGAGGGGGAAAGAGUGCACAGACAGCAGGGAACAGCUGCAGCUCACGGUUCGCGGAGAAGAAUCUCACUGCAUUGCGAUUAACAGAAAAAAUAGCCAUAGACUUACUUACACUCGAUCUAGAAUAACGUAAAUAAACAAUCCAACACAUUAAACAUGGUUGACCGUGAGCAGUUGGUGCAGAAAGCCAGGCUGGCUGAACAAGCUGAGAGAUAUGAUGAUAUGGCCGCUGCAAUGAAAUCGGUAACAGAGCUGAAUGAGGCCCUGUCCAACGAGGAGAGAAACCUCCUGUCCGUGGCCUACAAGAACGUGGUGGGGGCCCGGAGGUCCUCCUGGAGGGUGAUCUCCAGCAUCGAGCAGAAGACGUCGGCCGACGGCAACGAGAAGAAGAUCGAGAUGGUGCGCGCCUACCGGGAGAAGAUCGAGAAGGAGCUGGAGGCUGUGUGCCAGGACGUGCUCAACCUCCUCGACAACUUCCUGAUCAAGAACUGCAACGAGACGCAGCACGAGAGCAAGGUGUUCUACCUGAAGAUGAAGGGCGACUACUACCGCUACCUGGCCGAGGUGGCCACCGGCGAGAAGAGGGCGGCGGUGGUGGAGUCGUCCGAAAAGUCGUACAGCGAGGCGCACGAGAUCAGCAAGGAGCACAUGCAGCCCACCCACCCCAUCCGGCUGGGGCUGGCACUCAACUACUCUGUGUUCUACUACGAGAUCCAGAACGCGCCGGACCAGGCCUGCCACCUGGCCAAGACGGCCUUCGACGACGCCAUCGCCGAGCUGGACACCCUGAACGAGGACUCCUACAAAGACUCUACGCUCAUCAUGCAGCUGCUCCGGGACAACCUGACUCUGUGGACCAGCGACCAGCAGGACGACGAGGCCGGCGAGGGCAACAACUAAAGAGGGUGGUUCGACGACUUUGAGAGAAAAAAUUUAAAAACACACACCCAACACGAAGAGCCGGUGGACUGGGGGCAGAGCGCUUUUGCCGAUGAAACUACCGCAGCAGUUGUUUAUUUUUCCAUGUGUUAAAUAGAAUGGAAAGCGAGAGAGGGGGGGAGCAGAGGAUAAAUCUUAGUUUUAGAUAUAUAUUUAAAGAGAUAUAUAUAUACACACGGUUUGAGAGGGGGUCUUGUUGAUUUUCUCUUUGACAUCUUUGCCAAAACCACUGACAUGUCAGUCAAUCAGCCUGAAGUGGUCGAUGUUGGAUUGAAAUGGCAGCCUCACACUGGCAAAUAGGAACUGGUUCUGGUCCUAAGGAGAUAAGCUGCUUAGUUAGGAUUUUGCGUGACAGAGAUGCAUAGGAGACAUUUGAGAGUUAAACAUGAAUACAAAAAAAAAAGCUUGAAUGAGAAUGCCUCAAAAAAAAUAAGUUUGCGUUGGUUCCAGUGCUGGACUGAAGGACAAUAGGAAGAUGUGAGCCUUUGGUUCUGAAUUUGAUCAUACGACCCAGAGUUUAGGAUUUUCAUCUGGUCCGAAUUGACCCUGUUAUUUCUAAAUUGGAUGAAAAUAUAUUGAAGACAUAUUAAUAAAUAUUCCCUCUUGCUAUCUUUGGCAAUGUUUGGCGUUUCACCUAUUAAAUGACAUCUGUCCUAUCUAUGACAACUAGGUCACUGGAACCAUAGAUUAUUUCGGAGGUAAAGAUUGCUCAAGGCAGAGACUUAACCAUAUAAGACAGAAAAAAUUACUUAAAGCAGCUUCAGAGUUUGUGGUUUACUUCUGUGUUUGUUUUAUUAAAUGCACUUGCCUACUAUACUGUUUAUUCAGUGUAAGAUGAUAACGACAAUAAUAUCGACUAUUCAAUAUUGUGCAUGCUGGUGAUGUAUUUAUAUCCAGUAGCUUGACUUUAUUAAAUUAUACUGUGGGUGUUAAGUAUUCCUAUGAUUGAGAAAACAGGCUUUGUCUGAUGUUGAUUUCUAUUUAUGUUGGAUUCAUUUUCUGUUAUGGUUUUAAUUUGCUAUACCAAAAUGGUGUUCGUAAAAAUUGACCUGUAAUGGGAGUUGCUAUAGUGAAAUGCAAUAUGUGUAUUUAAUUUAUUAAAGAUAAAAAAAAUGAAUAGAAUAGAGAAAAACACACCAGUGAUCCCUUAAUCUCAUCUGCUGGUGUUUGUCAGAUUUGAAGUAUGGUCUUUUCGCCCAUUAAAACUGUAUUUAAGUACUUUAUUUUAUCAUGCUUUUCAGUUUCACUAAUCGUAACGUUUCCAAAUCUACCUUCCACUGAUGAAUUCAAAUCAUGGACCAUAUUUUUUUUUUUUUUAUUUAACAUAUGUAUUGUUUUUAUACCUUUCAGCUGUUCUUGAGUGGCAAAAUAUCUUGAAUGUGUCAUUAUGUAGCAGUUGCACAAGAACCUAAAGUACAGCUAUGAAAAUAAAAAACAAUAUGACAAAAUUAUUAAUGCACCAUGUUCUGGUGUGUAGUGAGUUGUUGUAAUGUCACCCAAUGGUAAACUUUGCUUUAAAUGAAAACCUUUUGGGAUAAAAAAAAACUGCUUUAGCCUUCUGUUUGUUGUGCCUCAAGUACAGUUGGUGCUUUUAAUGGUUUGUGCCCAUAUUAUAUAUUUAUAUACAAUACCCAAAUGUGAAAAAAUGUUUGAAACCCAUCGUUUUACGUUAGGCAACUGCUUACCAUGGCCAAAAGAAGCUGCUGACAUUGGUUUCUCUUGACAAUGCUGCUAGUUCAAUAUAUUAUUAGAUUUACAUGUUAUGUGAAUGUCGGUUAAAGGUACACUAAAUAAUGUACUUCGAAAUGGCAUAACUUAAAACAGAGACAAAGAAAUAUUGAAGCGAAAGAAAACCAAGAGCCUUACAGGUUUUAAGUAACAAUGUUAGUUCACAAUUCACUGUUUGCUUAUAUUGUCACUAUUACCUCACAGCGUAAUGCAUAGUUACUUUAUGUUAUAUAUUUAAAAUAUAGAUGUGAUGUUUAGGUGUUGAGGGAAUGUAGAUGUUUAAGUUUAAGUCUUCGCAAUAGCAUUAGCUUCCAUCGAAAGACACUAUAGUUUAAAAUCUUGAAUCGAAUGCUAUUCUGGUUUGCUAUACGUUCUAGCAAGAAUUACUCACUUUCUCAAAUAUAUUUUUGAACACCUUGUUGGGAGUAUUUCCUUCACUGAUAAGAAUAUAUCCUUGUGGAAAAAUGUUUUGUUUUUAUGUUUCCAGAACAUAUAUUUUUGAUUUUAGCUAUGCAUAGGCCAACCUUAGUAAAACAACAAUAUUAUAGUGACAACCUCCCCCCAAUAUCAUGUUUAAAAAGCAGAUUUUAAAGUAACUUCAGUGUGCUCAUAGAUUGGACAAACUUGUAGGCCUAAAAGUGUAUGGAACAACAGAAAAUGAAAUGGAUGCUUUCUGUGCUCAAAGCAGAUUUGGCUGUCUUCUGUUGCCCAUUAAAGUUAUUUGUUU